GGAAACUCGGUUUCGGUUCUUCCAUUGUUAACAAAGUGAACACUUUAUGAUUGAAUACAUGUCUAAAGAUAAGCAAUUUGUACUAUGAAUAAGCGAAUGACUCAUUCUACCAGUCAUUGGCAAAAGUUAGGUUUUCUCCUUUGUCUAUUUAAGAAUCUACCUUUUUACCUUCCUUUCAUGUUUCCUUUUUAUCUUUCAUAUGUUCCUCUUACGUUUGACAUUAACAGAAGCAGCCAUCGAGUUCGUUCUAUGAAAGCUUAUUAUGAAUCCAGCAAGCAAGCAGGCCGCGCCUUUGACGUGUAUCCAUUGUUGUCGAACCUUAUGCAAAAAGAAUAACAACAGAAACGAGACAAUACUGUUAUUUCCGUUCGUUUGUUACUUCUUUUCUUUCUAGGUAAGGUUCGUGUUUUAGCCAUUGGUUUCUCAAUGUUCUUAGCGGUGUUGAUUCUUGUUUCUUUGGUACUCUAUUUGGUCUGGCCGAUUGGGUUCCUUACCGUCUUGUCUUAACAACGACAGUUAGUGAUUAGUUUAACUUUGUCCUAAGCCUUUGAUGGUUGUCUGAUUUUUUACUUUUCCCUUUCCCUACAGGAAAAAUAUCACUUUGUGGCAUACCUACUGGUCAAAGCUUUGUCCAGUCAAGGUACUAAAAACAAUAAACCAAUAAACCAUUCCUGGGUGCCGUUUUGUUUACUGAAUUUCUUUCUCUCAUCAUUUUUAGCGUAUCAUAAACCUCGUUCCGAAAAAAAUAAAGCAUUAUUAUUUUUGGCGCAUUAUUGCUACGAAAAUGGUUGGUCUAUCACACCGUUUGGUUCCCCUUAUUAAGGACCAUAUUCUGACAUCCUUCACUUCACUGCUUCUCUCCCUACCACUUAAAAUGCCACGCUGAAAGCUUGUUACCUGUUCCUCCUCGCUAAUUCGGCAACUCGGCUCCCUUUGUUCUCGUUUAUCUACCACCAUUGGGUCAUUUCAUCUUCUCUUUGUUUCACAUGUCAAUUGACGUUUCUUUGUUUUCACGUUCCCAUAUAAUGCCUUGUGUUUCUUCUUUUCGGUCUGUCUAUACGUCCUCCGCUUCGAAUUAAAUUUGCUAUUCCAAACUAGGUACUGUACUACUGUCUGUGGUAUAUCCAGUUCGUUUAAUAAGAAAAUAUAUGAAACCUCCGAAAAAAAUUCCAUUUUCUAUCUAGGAAUCCUUUUAUUUUCUUUUAUUAUUUUAUUUUAUUUUAAUUAUUUAAAAAUUUAUUAGACUCUUAGACUUUUUUUUUUCGUUUUCUUUAAUUUAGAUUUCUCUUUGCUUCGGUGUUUCAUUUCGGAUUUGCAUUUUGUAUGCUAUUUUAUUCUAUCUUUGGUUGGUAAUUGUUUUAUUCAUAAUUCGAAUUUCUAUUAUUUUAUUUUUAUUUUUAUUUUAUUUUAUCUUUGUUUCAUUGAGACAUAAACAAACUCUCCUCUCCUUUCUUUAUUUCCUGUUUUCGUCCCUGUUUAUUUGAUAUAUCACGGAAUUUUUAUUUUCUCAUAAUGUGUUCUAUGGUUGAACCAAACACUCCACCUCCUUGCUAUGACAGUAUUGCGACAGCUGAAAACCACCGUGCCUCUGGACUCGAUUGGGGAGUCAGAGAUCGACGCCAGCAUUGCUCUCGCCUUAUGAAAAUGACUCCUUACGGUCGACCCUUUAGUAAAGAUUUUUUAGAACUAUACUCUGCAAUGAUUAUUUCUACUCCCUUUUCAAGGAAUCGUUCUCGUUUUCGCACGAUAGACAGUUCGUGUACGCUUCUACAGCUCUUCAGUACCCUUGAAAACUUGGAAUUAAGCCAGCUUAACCGACUAAAAGGAAAUACAGGUAACAAAUUGCUAAAGUCAACAACAAAAUUCACUGUUCCUAAACAAGCAGCUAAAUGUUUAUGUGAAAUGUUUUUAAAUGCACGUUUGCUCCAAGUUGUCCAUAACCCCUUGGCCAGAAAAUUUACGACAGAAAAAUGUGUUUUGCAGCUCACAAGCAAGGGUAUUUCCGUUGUUGAGCGAUUUUUACAGCACAAUGGUGACGAUUCCAUCAAUGUAAAUGUUUCCCUACCCUCAAUCGACUCUUCACCAGUCAUCGUUCCCGUUUCUCGUUUCUCGAGCACCGAUCAGAUUUUACAGGAUGCUUCUUUUUCCGAAAUGCUGUUACAGCGCAUGCUUGGACCUUAUCCAGAAUCUUUACGAUCCCGUCACGAGUCACUGGUACCUAUUUACUUGAGUUCGACGCAUGGGAAAAAGCAACCGCCCAAUACCACCAAGUACUUGCUCUUUGGAAUUGACAUUGCUGAGUGGCUUAUGAACAACACAAUGCUAUUGGAUUGGAAUGAGGUUGUCUCUGUCGCCAACAAUCUUCUUCUUUAUUCUUAUUUGAGUCAUACACACAGCACCAAUGAUCCAUACUCUUUUAGUUUUGAGAAAGGCGUUUCCUACUUUUUGACUCCCAAAGCUUUGGAAACCGUUGGCUGGAUUGAAACUCCUUCUGGUGCCUCCAUGUUUCAGCAUAUUCAACAGUUAGAUUCCCAUUCUUCGAACAAAGAACUUUUGGAGUCAAUCCUUAAGAAGCCUAGCUUGCAAACCUAUUUUUUUGAAUUUUUAAAGAAGAACUAUUGUGAUGAAAACCAGCAAUUUUACUCGGAGGUUUGCGAGUUUAAUGACUUUUUUUCUCAGGCAAGUCAAGCUAGUGAUGUCGUUGCUGUUCGUGAAAGUUUUGUACAUGCCUGCGGAAUUUAUAAUUGUUUUCUUUCUCCUGACGCUCCAAAUGCUGUAAAUUUACCAGGUGAUUUGUGUGAACGAAUUUCCAAUCAUAUGUCUUUGGCAAUGGAAGUGGAACCAUUGGACGAAUGGCUGCGUAUUGUCCAUAAACUUUUCCUGGAAGCACAAGCCUUAAUUUUGGAUUUAAUGGCCGGUGAUUCUUUGCUAAAAUUUCUUGAGUCUCAACAUCCUGACGAUCAAUAAGCUAGAUUUGUUUCCUUUUUCCUUCCCUUCCCUUCCCAUUGCUUCCCUUUUGUUUUUGACUUUGAAACUCUUUCUUUUGCUUUCUUGCUAUAUGCUCAUCUAGCAUGACUUUUUCAUGAUUUUUAUGCGAUCUUGUUACGAAUAGCUUCAUGACAAGACUAUAGAUGGUUUGGUGGCUUUUCUUUGCUUUAUUAUGUAAUUACUUCUGGUUUUCUGUUUUCUCUAACUUUGAUGACAUGCGCAAAAAAAAAAAAAAAAAAAAAGAAAAAAGGAAAAAAGAAUAAUCUUGUCACUCAUUUCUUAACUAAAAUGUAUAUAUUAAUUUAGGAUACGUACGGAAUAAUUAUCGUUGAAUCUAUGA